AAUGGCUGUUUCCUGGGUUAGGCACAUUAUGUAAGUUCGCAUUUUGACGGCAAAAUCUAGUAUGUGACAUAAGUCGGAAGAUGAUUCAUUGAAUAGAUGUUAUAAAAGGGAAGUUUUUAUAUUCAAAUGUUAUUACAGAGAAACACCCGUGUAUUACUGUUAUUCAACAUCUUGCCCAGACUUCAUCCAUCAGCUUCGUUUUUCUCUAUGGGUGACACAAUGUCCAAAACAACGAUGCCUACUCCACAGGAUGCCUUGAAAGGGAGAGAGGAUAAAAUCGUUGUUGCCAACAAGCACGCUGUAAAUGGUAACCCUUCUGUCCCACCCUUCCCAGAAAACACCAAGAUGGCUAUGUUCGGGAUGGGCUGUUUCUGGGGUGCAGAGAGAAAAUUUUGGAAAACAAAUGGAGUAUUUUCGACACAGGUAGGGUAUGCGGCAGGGUUCACCCCUAAUCCCUCUUAUAAAGAAGUGUGCACUGGAUCCACAGGACACAACGAAGUUGUACGAGUUGUGUACAACACAACUGAUAUUUCUUAUGCUGAUAUUCUAAAGGUCUUUUGGGAAAACCAUAACCCAACACAAGGAAUGCGUCAAGGAAACGACGUGGGAACACAAUACAGAUCAGGGAUUUACUACUACGACGAGGAGCAGAAAAGGCUGGCAGAGGCCUCCAGAGAUGUGUACCAGGGGAAAUUGAAUGAGAAAGGAUUGGGGAAAAUCACCACAGAAAUACUCCCUGCACCCGAAUUUUAUUAUGCUGAAGAUUACCACCAACAGUAUCUACACAAAAAUCCCAAUGGUUAUUGUGGACUAGGGGGUACGGGAGUGUCCUGCCCUGUGGGGUUAUUCUCCAAGGGAAAGAGUGAACUUUGAUGUGACCUUUAUAUGUAUAAGUCUUUCAUUGAUAUUAUUGUGAUAUUGUUAUUUGGUAUGUUUAUUUCAGUAUAUAUAAAUGUCAUACAUUAAUUUUAUUUGGCUUGGGAUGUGUAGCUACAUUUGUGUACAUUGGAUUCCUGGAAGUAUUAUCUAAGCAGUUAAAGCCAGUUUUCUGAUCCAUUAAAGUUGGUCCACUGUACGUUUUUUCUGCAACUUUACCUCAUUUUGAAUUUUUUAUUCCUUUAAAGCAACAUGGAUAUUUUUAACAUAUUUGCCUCCAUACAUAAUUCUGUAGAGAAAUAGGGUUGGAUCAGAGUAAAUUUUACUCAGUCUUGGGUGUCUUACAUUAUUGAUAUGUAUUUAAGUAAUCAUUGUACAUGUAUAUGUAGAUUUUGUUUGAAUGUUGUUCUAAUUGACAUAGUAGGGACCUCACAAAAUGUUUCACAAGAAAUAUUAAUGAAAUGUUGCAGUUCACUGAAACUAUGACCACUGGGGCCAACAAUAAAAGCCUCAAGUUCUCCUGAA